AAUCAUUUCACAUUCGAACGUGUGUCGGCGUGUCGUCACGAUCGGCCUACGAUCGCGUCUGCCCAUAUAUUUUUAUUUUUCUAAGUCGAUUUUAGUUUUUUUUUUUUAAUUGUGUCAAUAAUAGUAAAAGUAUAAUCAAUAUUACUGUUCGAUUAAUUUCAGCCCGUUGUGUCUUGAUUAUCACUGUGAAGACGCUGCACAACUCCAGCUAGUACAGUGGCUGCGUAAUAAAGUCGCUCCGAAUAAUUACAAAGUCGGGGGACUUAUUUCAGCGUGAGAAGAGGCAAUCCAUUUUAAGCGUAAUCAUGGAUUCCCAAGGCGUAGAGCCUGAACUCCAGACGUUCCUUUUGGACGAAAAGUCCAAGAUGAAAGAAUGCCUACCGCAAGACAUACGAAAAUCUAGCAAAAAACUAGAUAAAGGCGAACUCCCACAUCUUAAUGACAUUGACUACUUUGAUCCAUUCCUUGACAGAAACAUAGAACACCCUACUACUAACGGUGAGACGCUAACUCAUUUACUCAAAGCGUCUCUGGGAACCGGGAUCCUGGCCAUGCCACAAGCUUUCCAGUGUUCAGGACUUAUAACCGGCAUAUUCGCAACAGUUUUCGUGUCAUUCGUGUGCACGUUUUGUUCGUAUUCACUGGUGAAAUGCGCACACACGCUUUAUAGGCGGACUAAAGUGUCGUCUAUGGGCUAUGCAGAUGUGGCUGAAAAGGCAUUCGCUAACGGACCAGAAUGGUCCCGGAAAUUCUCGUCGUUUACCCGGCAGUCAGUGCUUUGGCUAUUAUUCGUUACAUACUUCGGAACGUGCAGCGUUUACACGGUGAUCAUCGCAUCGAACUUCGAACAGUUGUUCCUACAUCACAUGGGUUUUUCGUUGAACAUCCGGUACUUUAUAGCUAUGCUGCUCAUACCGCUUAUACUGCUCAGCUAUGUGCCGAAUCUUAAAUAUUUGGCGCCUGUGUCCAUGUUCGCCAACUUGUUGAUGUUCGUUGGUCUGGGAAUCACGUUCUAUUAUACGUUAAGCGACUUACCUAGCAUUUCGCAAAGGCCUGCAGUAGGGACUUUUGCAACAUUCCCGACAUUCUUUUGCCUCACCGUGUUUGCCAUGGAAGCUAUUGGAGUGGUGAUGCCGUUGGAAAACAACAUGAAAACGCCCAGAAGCUUUUUGGGAGUUUUCGGUGUGCUGAAUGUCGGCAUGGGUGGUGUGACUAUCGUGUAUAUUCUGCUCGGUUUCCUUGGUUACUUGAAGUACGGCGAAGCAACGGAGUCGAGUAUAACGCUUAACCUUCCUACUGAAGAUGUUGCUGCUCAAGUUGCUAAAGUAUGCAUUAGUUUAGCAGUGUUCUGCACAUACGGUCUACAGUUUUUCGUUUGCUUGGAAAUCGCAUGGACAAAAAUUCAGGAUAGUUUUGAAAAAACUACAAUUUACCACAAUUACGUCCUAAGAACGGUCAUGGUGACUUUGUCUGUGGUAAUUGCUGUAGCCGUACCGACAAUCGGACCGUUCAUCGGACUCAUCGGAGCCUUCUGUUUCUCGUUGCUCGGCAUCAUCGUGCCCGUGAUCAUAGAGUUCGCCACGUACUGGGACAAAGUGACCAUCUGGAUGACUAUCCGGAACGCUGUGUUGAUCGCCGUUGGCUUCUUGGCGCUGGUCUUUGGUACGUCCAACAGCGUGUUCCAAAUCAUUUCCACGUACAGUCCCGACGCUCCACAGGUCGUCGGCAACAUAACUCAUACGGCUCAUACGGCCGCCCAAUGACCGGAAAUCCGACCACACCGUCGAUCAUACAACCACUCAGCUCCUCUCUUCCCCCACAUAAUUCGAGACGUCCGGUCAUGCCGAGUACCCACACUGUUACGAUGAUUGUAUAUGUCCACACACAUAUAUAUGUGUAUUUAUUAACGCAUGUAUACGUAUUAAAAAUUUAUAAAUCGAGGUCAGACGACAGAUUUCGACAAGUCAACUGCUAAACGGUUAGUCGUCAAGUCAUCAUCGUCGUCAUUGUUUUCUUCGACGGGCGCCCGUCGACCACUGUGUGCAAUUGCGUAUAGCUUCGGCGGGCUAUAUAAUAGCAGGUGCAGACAUUUUACAUAAUAUUAUUUUUAGGGCGCACUCGCACAUCGAAAAAAAAAUUUUUAAGUAUUAUAUUUAUAUUGC